AUGCUACAAACCCGAACUUCCCUGAGUACUUGGAGCCAGGAAAGAAGCAUGAAGUUGAUUGUGCUCCUUGGGCUGGUGGCCUUCUCAGCGUGCAUAGUCAAAAUACCUCUAACGAGAGUGCAGAUCGUGAGAAAAUCCCGCAGUGAAAAAAACAUGCUGAACAAUUUCCUGAAGAAACAUGCUUACAGACUGUACCUAACUUCUUCUUCUGGCUCAAAUAUAACUACUCACCCCCUGAGAAACUUCAAGGAUAUGUUGUAUGUGGGUAACAUCACCAUUGGAACACCCCCUCAGGAAUUCCGGGUUGUCUUUGACACAGGUUCAUCUGACUUGUGGGUGCCCUCCAUGUUUUGCUCCAGCCAAUUCUGUUCUUCACAGGUAUUGUUCAGACAUCGUGAGUCUUCCACCUUCUGCCCUACCUACAGGAAAUUCAGCCUCGAAUACAGUGUUGGGAGAAUGAGGGGAGUUGUUGUUUAUGACACCGUUCGGAUUGGGGACCUUGUAAGUACUGACCAGGCAUUUGGUCUAAGCAUGGAACAUUCCGGGUUUGAGGGAAGGCCUAUUGAUGGCAUCUUGGGCUUGAACUACCCCGACUUAUCUUUCACCGGAGACACCCCCAUCUUUGACAACCUGAUGAAUCAAGGUGCCACUUCUGAGCCGGUUUGUGCCUUCUACCUGAGCAAAAGCAAGCCAGAGGGCAGUGUGGUGAUGUUUGGUGGGGUGGAUAAAUCCUACUACCAGGGAUCGCUCAACUGGGUACCAUUGAUUCAAGCGAACGACUGGCAUGUACACAUGGACUGCAUCUCCAUUAACAGCCGGGUUAUUGCUUGUAAUGGUGGCUGUGAGGCCUUUGUGGACACUGGGACAUCACUGAUCCUUGGUCCAAGAAGACUGGUCGAUAACAUCCUGAGACUCUUCGGCACCACCAAGCACUAUGUUUCAUGUUCUGCGGUCAACACCCUGCCCUCUAUUAACUGCACCAUCAACGGCAUCAGCUACCCAGUGCCAGCUCAAGCCUACACCAUCAAGGAUUCUAGUGGCAACUGCUAUAUUGGCUUUAGAGAGAACCAAGAGAGUACGUCUACAGAGACCUGGGUCCUAGGUGACGUCUUCCUGAGGCUGUAUUUCUCGGUCUUUGAUCGAGGAAAUGACAGGAUUGGCCUGGCACAGGCAGUGUAA